AUGGCACAUAACUUCACUAAUGCUGACGCAGUCACUGACAACAUCAAAACAAAUUACCACAGCAACAAUGACAUUGUUCGCAAUUUUGCAGAAACACAGUUAAAAAAAUAUGGAUGGAGUGUUGGAAAGGGUUUAGGGAAGAAUGAAAAAGGUCAAACGAGAGCUGUGCAAGUUAAAAUAAAGAAUGAUACAAAGGGGCUUGGACAAGGUAGCGAAGAUUGGGGCUUCGCAUGGUGGGAUCAGAUAUAUAAUGACGCGUUAAAUAAUCUUAAAAUUGUACGUGUAAACGAGGAUAAUGAUAAACACAAGGGAAAAAAUUAUUUUGAUGGGCAUGUGAAACUAACAAAAAUCAACAAAAACAAUGCUGGACCACCACGUACCAGAACUGGAAUCAUUAACACAAGUGAAUCUUUGUAUUCGAUAAAUGAUAAUUACAACGAUACAAUUUCGAACAGGAAGAAUAAAGAUGAUGAAUUGGGUAAUAAAGAAAAAUCUUGGAACGGAAUUGGAUUUGAUUCUGAAGACGCAAGUAAACUAGAAAUUAUUAACUCAAAUAAUAUAAAAUCGACAUCAAAAGUGUUGUUGGCAAAAAAAGCUCUAUAUAGAAAUUUUGUGAGAGCAAAAUAUCAUGACUAUCAAAAUGAAUCAACUAACAAGAAACGAAACAUCAUCGAGGAACAAGAUGAAAAGACCAUUAUUAUUGAUAAGUGGUAA